AUGGCGGCGGCGGGCGCGGGGGCCGGGCCCGGGCCCGGCGCGGGGCCCUCGGCUGGCGCGGGGGCCUCGAACCCGCGCAAGUUCAGCGAGAAGAUCGCGCUGCAGAAGCAGAGGCAGGCGGAGGAGACCGCGGCCUUCGAGGAGGUUAUGAUGGAGAUCUGCUCCACACGGCUACAGGCCCAGAAGCUGCGCCUGGCCCACGGGCGGGGUCCGUUCUACAGCGGCUCCCUGCCCAACGUCAACCAGAUCGGCUCUGGCCUGCCCGACUUCCAGGGCCCCUCCCCUCUGGACUCCACGCGGAGCACGCGGCACCACGGGCUGGUGGAGCGGGUGCAGCGGGACCCCCGCCGGAUGGUGUCCCCCCUGCGCCGCUACGUCCGCCAGAUCGACAGCUCCCCCUACGGACCCACCUACUUGUCACCUCCGCCUGAGCCCAGCUGGAGGAGGACCAUGCCCUGGAGCAACUUCCCGAUGGAAAAAGGACAUUUAUUCCGGCUGCCCUCAGCUCUCAACAGGACAAAUUCUGACUCGGCCCUGCACACGAGUGUGAUGAACCCCCCUCCCCAGGACUCCUACCUGGGCCCCUCCCAGGCUGCCCCCCCACCUGGCCGACGCACGGGUUUCCUGGACGGGGACUCGGACAGCAAAGUGUUUCUUUUCCAAGUGCCUCCCAUCGAAGAGAACUUUGAUGACAACAAGCACUCGCUGAAGCCCUGGGACACCAAGAAGCUCUCGUCCUCCUCAGCACGGCCCCGAUCCUGUGAGGUCCCGGGCAUCCAUGUGUUCCCGUCCCCGGACCAACCUGCCAACGUGCCCCUCAUGCCCUCGGCCCUCAACACGGGGGGGUCCCUGCCUGACCUGACCACGCUGCACUUCCCAUCCCCCCUGCCCACCCCCCUGGACCCCGAGGAGGCCCCGUUCCCCCCACUGAGUGGGGGCAGCAGCACCUCCAACCUGGCCACCACCAUGACCCACCUGGGCAUCAGCGGCACCGGCACGGGGGGGCUGGGCUACGACCCCCCAGGACUCCCCUCACCUCUGCAGAGCUCCCUGAGUAACCCGUCCCUGCAGUCCUCCCUGAGCAACCCCAACCUGCAGGCCUCCCUGCAGGCCUCCCUGCGCGGCCCCUCCCUCCAGGCCUCCCUCAGCAACCCCUCUCUCCAGUCCUCCCACAGCAGCUCCUCCAUCCCCUCCUCACUGUCCAACCAGUCCCUGCCCUCGUCCCUGUCCUCCUCGCUGUCCAACCCAUCCCUGCCCACGUCCCCCCGGAGCCAGCCCCUCCAAUCCUCGCCCAGCAACCCCAGCCUGCCCUCGGGGCUGGGGGGCUCCUUUGGGACCACGUCUCCCCGGCGCCGGGUCCCGCUCAGCCCCCUGUCCCUGCCCGUGGCUGGUGACUCCAGACGGCAGCACCCCAAACAGUUCUCACCAACAAUGUCACCCACAUUGUCCUCCAUCACCCAGGGGGUGCCCCUGGACACCACGAAGCUGCCGGAGCAGCGGCUCCCACCGUACCCCUACGGCCAGCCCGGGGUGCUGCUGGGGUCCCAACCCCCCCCGCGGCCACCCGCACCCCCCCCGCGCCCCUACGGCCCCCCCUACCCUCCCCCUGGCCCCUCCCUGGGGCAGCCCCUGGCGCAGCCCCCCGGAGACUUCGGCCUGGGCAGUCUGGAGCAGUUCGGGAUGGGGGAGAGCCCACCCGGGAACAGCGGAGGGUUCCCCGACGACCUGGGGGCCCUGAGUUACCCCCUGAGCGAGGGGGGCUACGACCCCCCUGCCCUGAACCGCCCAAACCUGAGCAACUGCAGCCGCCACGGGCCCAUCCCCAACAUCAUCUUCACAGGCGACUCUCCACCGGGGCUGUCGAAGGAGAUCGCAACGGCGCUGGCAGGGGUUCCGGGCUUCGAGGUGGAGGGGGGGGCGCUGGGGGGGCUGGGGGGGCUGGAGGAGGAACUGCGCAUCGAGCCCCUCACCCUGGACGGGCUGAGCAUGCUGAGCGACCCCUGCGCGCUGCUCACCGACCCCGCCGUCGAGGACUCCUUCCGCUCCGACCGCCUGCAGUGA